CUCGGGGAAAGAUGGCAUUGGAGCUUUGUGUGUUGUCCCUCCUUUGUGGGAUCAGUGGACUGUUUACUGGAGCAGCAAGUCAAUCUACAGCGUCGUCUGAAGACGCUGGAGCCUCUAUGAGAAAUAAUCAGUGUCCUGGAGGCUGGACUCGGUUGGACAAUCGUUGUUUCAUCCUCAUGAGGCAACAAAUCAAUUUUACUGCAGCAGAGGCGACCUGCAACCUGUUUGGUGGGAAUUUGGCAUCCAUCCACAACCAAGUGGAAGCAUCAGUCAUUAGUGGGUUCUUCAUCAAUCUAGAAAUUUUGUCACCGUGGAUUGGACUUCGAAAUGAGAGUGGGGAGUCCGAUUUGUUUUGGACUGACCAAUCAGAAGUUGACUUUAUUUUACGGUCGUUCAGCAAUCGUGAAGGAUGUGGAACACAGAUUAUUGACGAAUACAACAGGAACCCAACAGGUGGGCUCCCGGUUCGAUCCCCACCUCCUACCAACCUCGUCACGUCCGUCGUGUCCUUGAGCAAGACACUUCACCCUUGCUCCUGAUGGGUUGUCGGUUAGGGCCUUGCACGGCAGCUCCCGCCAUCAGUGUGGGAAUGUUUGUGUGAAUGGGUGAAUGUGGAAAUAGUGUCAAAGAUAGAAAAGCACUAUACAAGUAUAAGCCAUUUACCAUUUAUCAUCCCUUGUGACCGAUGUUUGUACAUUUAACAAUAAGACCUUAAAUGAAGUUUUUACUGUUUUGUGUUUUUUA